UCCUCACAGCUCGCUGUGACCUCUGACAGAGCGCGCGGCGCUGGGGCUGCAGUCGGCUUUCCCGCAGCGGUGGAGACAUGAGCGCUUCCGCGGGCUCGACACGGCCGGAUUCCCGCAGCUCUGGGACCUCCAGUGUCAUUUCACCGGCCUGAGGGUUUUGGGUCAGGGCCAGUGGCUGUUAGCAGCGCCUCAGAGCGGCAUGUUAGAGCUGUCGGAGAUGUUCGGGAGCUCCAGCGGUCCAGUGACUGGGCUGAUGCUAUUUGCAUAGCCAAAGCGCGGCUGGCUGGGACUUGGGAUUUAAGUUCGGAUGGUCUGGAGAGGCGAAGCGGCGCUGCCUGAACCCCGGAUACUUCACUGAAGCUCACACAUCAGCCGGCGUUUUCUGCUUGACCUGGUGACCAGUCUGCAGAUGUGCGUCUACAUGGAGACCCGAUCUCUUUACCCUGUGACCAUCUGAGCAUCAGGAGAGAGUGAGGAUGCUGGGGGAGGGGAGAGGAGCAGUGGAGGAAUGGCUUUCAGAAUUCAAGACGUUACCGGAGUCUGAGUUCUCUAGCUAUGCAAGCACUCUCUAUCAGAAGAAGAAUCUGGUGCCAGCCCUCUACAGAGUCAUCCAGGACCCCAACAGUGAGCUCUUAGAGCCCGUGUGCCAUCAGUUGUUUGAACUGUACCGGAACUCAGACGACCGUCUGCGGCGCUUCACCCUGCAGUUCCUACCAGAGCUGGUGUGGAUGUACUUGCGUCUGACGGCCAGCAGGAACCGCCAGAGCAAUGGCUGCAUAGAGGCACUGCUGCUGGGCAUCUACAAUCUGGAGAUUGUGGACAAAGAAGGAAACAGCAAGCUGCUGUCAUUCACGAUUCCUUCACUGUCCAAACCAUCUGUUUAUCAUGAGCCCUCCAGUCUUGGUUCCAUGGCUCUAACAGAGGGAGCUCUGUGUCAGCAUGAUCUAAUCAGAGUGGUGUACAGCGGCCUGCAUCCUCAAAGAGAGACUUUCACUGCACAGAACAGGUUCGAGGUGCUGUGUUUCCUGAUGCUGUGUUAUAACUCAGCUGUGGUAUACAUGCCCCCUUCUUCCUACCAGGCUGUGUGUCGCAUGAGCUCACGGCUGUGUGUGUGCGGGUUUCCGCGGCAGCAGCAGAAGAUGUGGCGGGAGCCGUGUAACCGUGUAGUCCUGGAUGCUGAGUUCAUGGUCCAGAUGCUCACUGCCAUCUAUCACGCCAUUUAUAAUGGGGAGUGGGACCUGGGGAGAGAAGCACUGGAUGAUCUUUUGUACAGAGCCCAGCUGGAGCUCUAUUCUGAGCCACUACUGUUGGGGAAUGCGAUGAAGAACUCGUUGCCGGACAGUGCUCCGGACGGCACCCGUGGAAAGAAGGUCCUGCAGGUAGAAGUGACGCCCACCAUAAGCAGAAUCUCCCGCUCAGCUGUCACAGCCGCGUCCAUCCGCAGACUCCGCUGGAAGAGAGAAGAUUGUUUUGACUUCUCAACUGAAGCAGAGUUCAACCUCACCAUCAAAUCUGGUCACCACAACCCCAAGGAUCUGGCAGACAGUCCUGUGCGAGGAGAGAGGGGCAUACUCAAAGUCACAAAUGAGGACGCAGACGGCAUGAGCGGAGGCGAGGAGUCCUUCAACCUAAAUGAUCCUGAUGAAGGCUUCUCAUCGGGUGCGUCCAACAGCAGCCAGCCCAGUGGGGGCAGGCCUGUGUUUAGCAGCGGUGGGGGGCGUGCCAGCAGCCAGAAGAGCUCCAAGAAGAGCAGCGUUAGUCGCACGUCCCGGGAGAGGGAGCGAGAAGCCUCAGUAGAGAAACAUAAAGAGCCACUUGUGGAUGCCCAGCCUACUCAGAGGAAACAGCAACUGAGGCCACAGUCACCCCCACCCACCAUCACUCUGGAUGCUAUUGAACUGAACCCCAUUAAAAAGCCACAGAGCUUCUCCAUGGGGGGGACCGUGCUGACUCGGACUGCUAGUGCCUCGUCCAGCAUGCACGCGAGACUCAGCAGGUCCCGGGACGGAGCAGGAGCCGGAGCACUGGACCUUGAGGAGGGGGCAGCCUUGACUGGACGAUUAGGCUCCGGUGGGGGGUCCCACCGCCACUCCAAUCUCAGCCUAAAGGAAGAGCACCUGGUGCGGCCAGAGGAGGGUAAAGAGCUGCUGUCUCCUGGAACCCCUCUAACCAAACAGUCCCGUUCUCCCAGUUUCAACAUGCAGAUCAUAUCACAGGUGUAGCCCUCCUGGCUGCCCGCCUCAUCACCAUCUCCUUGCCUUCAUCUUGUUUCCUUAAGUCCUUUUUUGUGGGCUUUUUUUUUUUUUAGAGCCAUGUUGAAUGGUUCUGGUGUUGUCAGGGAUGUGUGUUAACUCCUUAAAGGAUUACAUAGUUUUUUAAAAUAAUCUCCAUCUAGCAGCAUGACACACUGAAGUACCUAGCAGUCGUUCUUAGUUGAUUAUUGUCUAUGGUAAUAGACUGUACACUGCAGAUGCUGCAAAUAGAGGUUAGGUUGAAAAACACUGGAGUAUUCCUUUAAACUCUAUGCUUAUUAUCCUCUUAAACCCUUAGGACCUGUAUGUGGGCCCGCAUUUCAGUUCCUUACUCUCAGAACAACAUAACAUAAGUUUUGUGGUAGUUACUGAGUCAUUCAUAGCAGUUGUCAAAAAACAAAUCUCCCGUCUAAGUGUUGGCCCUAUCAUCAGGAUAUUGUGUCUGAUCCUUGGUGAUGCUGUAGCCAUCCAUAGCCAAGAAUCCAAGAGAGCACAAUUGGUUUCACUCUCUGUGUGGGUAGGAUGUCUCACCCUAUCAUCCAGUGAGAUGCUAGCCAGCUCAGGUGUCUGUAAGUUGAUGUAACAGAACUGGCAGUUACACUGUCCUCUGAGCACAUUCAGCUGUCAAAUGACAUUGUAUUAGUGGCAGUUCAAAAACUGUAUUGGCGCUUCACAGGUCUUUGAGGAAGCCUGUACUAGCUUUCGCCCCCCUAGCGCUGAUGUAUUCAAUUCCACCCACUAGUUAGGACUUCCCAAACACGACACAUCUAAAUUGGUUAGAAAAUUGGGGAGAGGAAACUGAAUAUUGCUAAGAAAUAAUAAUAAUAAUGACUAAUAAGCCUAGUGGUUAUUCAGUUAUUAAUCUUAAUACUGGUUUACUUUAUGAUGGUAGAUGUUCAACAGCAAACUGGAUAUUUCUGGAGCUAUCUAUAGUAUACAACAAAAAUGAAGAGUGCAGAUCAUCCUCUGGACUUUUUCCUCUGUAAAUAAUGAGACAUCACUGUUUAAGCUGUCCACUCACAGCAGUCCUGUUUCGCUGGUAAUGCAGUUUCUAUAGCAACAUUUUCAUGGCUGCAUUCUACCGCCAGUCAUGUACUGCUAUUUGGCAUGGAAAGAUUUUUGUCAAUGUGUAACUGCAGCAUAAGGCUUAUUUUUCAUUUCAUUGUAUGAAUUAAUCAGUAACUGCUAUGAAACUACCAUGUAACAUAUGUAGUUAUGAUGGUGAGGAAAUGGAAGUUUUUACCUGCUGACAAAAGUUCAUGGGGCUAAGUCCACGGUGUCUUUCUUUAUUUUUCUUUCUCUUUUCUGUCUCCCUGUUUUUCCCCUUCCUUCUCUCUCUCAGAGCAAACCAAGCAUUCCACUUGAAGCAGACCAACACGUGACUGGGUUUGUUGUUGGAUGUUGUGCCUGGUCUGCACUGGUCAAGGGUCCAGAGUCCAGCAUCUCCACUGUGAGGCUAUAAACCAAUCACCUACUCAUCCAUGCCUGGUCAGACAUUGGGAGUAAAACUGAGUCAGUCCUGCCUUAGGCAUUCACUAUAAAUGCUUAACAAAAACAUAAUAUGCUAGCUAAUUUACACUGGAUGACCAACAGUGGGAGAGGAUUAGCCUGAAGGCCACCAUCUCUGUGGUAGAAUUGUCAUAGUCUUUAAUAAAACCAUUACAGUAGUUUUUGCAACCAGUUAAAAAAAAAAAGUUAAUAAAAAAUCUAAAAAAAUAAUAAUAAAAUGAUUUGCAGUGGAGAUGUUAGCCAGACAUUUUGGCUGAAUGGUUAAGUCAAAUAAGCUAUGUGAUGAGCAGUGGAGACCAGGCAUAUUAUUUUGGGAAUUCAGAGAUCAGUUUACUCACAUACAAUAUAUUUCGUAAGAAGUUGGAAAUAAAGCAAUAAGUUUUGGGUUGUUCACCUGACAAGAUUAUAAACAAUCACUGCAGUGUCUCGAUAUGCAUUCCUGCUGAACCUUUGGGUCAUGUGCAAUCUCUAUCAAGACCUUCUUUAUUGUAAACUGUUGAUAGUUUGUCUUUUUUUUUUUUUUUUUUUUUUGCUUGU